AUGCCGCCAAACGAUCUUUCGGCAGGCCGUAUCACCUCGGUUAUUCCGUAUUUCGGAUAUGCAAGACAAGACCGCCGACCGCGUAAUUCGCGCGUACCGAUAACCGCCAAGCUCGUGGCUUCAUUGAUCGGCACCGCCGGUGCCGACCGCGUGCUCACCAUGGACCUGCAUGCCGAUCAGAUUCAGGGGUUUUUUGAUAUUCCCACCGACAACGUAUAUGCAAGGCCAGUUAUCAUCGGCGACUUGUGGAAACACCGUCCAGAAAAUCUUACCAUCGUCUCGCCUGACGUCGGCGCGGUGGUUCGAGCUCGUUCGAUCGCAGAGCAGCUUGAAGCGCAGUUUGCGAUUGUCGACAAACGAAGGCCUAGGCCCAAUGUAGCGGAAGUCAUGAAUGUCAUCGGCGAUGUCGAAGGACGCACCUGUGUAUUUAUUGACGAUAUCGUGGACACUGCCAGCACACUGUGCGAAGCUGCGCAAGUGCUCUCCCAGAAAGGCGCGCUGGCAGUGAAAGCCUAUUGCACGCACCCAGUUCUGUCAGGAAACGCCAUAGAACGCAUAAACGACUCGACUAUGGAUGAACUUGUGGUGUGUAAUUCAAUAAAUCUUUCCGAGAAAGCACAAAAGUGCAAUAAAAUUCGUCAACUCGAUGUAUCGCAAUUGAUCGGAGAAGCAAUUCGUCGGAUUUCUAUCGGAGACUCUGUCAGUUCAAUCUUUGUAGACUAG